AUGGAGGAAACCACUGUGUUAGCUGCUCGCGAUGCUUCUUGUUACACUAGAGAUGUCCUUUUCGGCAAUACAGUACGCAGCAUGGUAAACCUGAAACGAAAAUGUUCAGAGCUCUCCAUUAGAGCGUUGUCAAUCAAGGGUCGUAAAAAGAAAGUAGCCCAAGUGGAUCCAGACGAGUUGAAACCACUUGAUGUUGAAAUACCAACUGUGAUGUAUUCAUACCAUCGGAAGACAUACGAUCAAUUUAAAACGAUUCCUUUUGUACCAACGCCGAAGAAGAAUCCGACGCCAGGCUGCUGA